UGGAGGGAUGCUGGGCACGACGGCGGGAAUGGUGGUAACCGCGCCUGGGCUGUCAGGGAGGCCCGUGGUGCUGGCGGCAGCCGUUUCGUCUGUCUUGUGGCGCGCGGUGCGAGGCCUAGCAGGGCAAAGCCAAAGGCGUCUUUGCCCGGCAGAAGGUUCCUUCCCUCUGCGAGUCCCGGAGGCAGACGAAGCAGCCCGGGCAAUCCUGGAAAACUCUCGGGCACCACCCCCACUGCGAAGGUUCAUCGCCUGCCCCGACCUGGCACGUACCGUGGUCUCUCGACUGUGUCACAACUCAGUCCUGGAGCCCACCAGCAGGCGCCCGGCAGUCGUGGUGGAAUGCGAGCCAGGUCCUGGAAUCUUGACCCGGACACUACUCAAUGCUGGUUCCCAAGUGAUAGCACUAGAGAGCAAUAAUGCCUUUCUUCCUGAUCUGGAGUCUCUAAAGAGGAAAUUAGACGGGCAACUGGAAGUGGUGCAUUGUGAUUUCUUCAAACUGGACCCUGUUGGUUUGGGAUCACUGAGACCUCCUGUUAUGUAUUCUGAGAGACUUCUUGAGAAUUUGGGCAUCCUGCCUGUUCCUUGGACAGCAGAUAUUCCUCUAAAAGUAGUUGGAAUUGUACCACAAAAAAGGGAAAGAAGCCUACUUUGGAAGCUUAUUUAUUCUUUAUAUGAACGUGGUUCUGUAUAUAAAUACGGAAGAAUAGAAUUGAACCUAUUUGUCAGUGAAAAAGAGUACAAGACUCUUGUUGCAAAGCCUGGAGAGCGAAGAAUUUAUCAGCCUCUAAGUGUACUUUGGCAAACAGCCUGUGAUGUUCAGCUUCUGCACAUGGAGCCUUGGUCUUCGUUUUUAACUAAUUCAAGAAAUGGUGGACUCUCCAUACCGAAGAGUGUGCUGCUGCAGAAUGACCACCUAUGCUUAGUGCGAAUGACACCUCGGAAGAAUUUAUUUACAGACAGCUUGACAACCACUAAUUCACACAUAUUUAUUUUGAUGGUAAAACAGUGUCUAGCUAAAUGCAGAACAAAAUUAGUAGACAAAUUAAAUUUAUGGAGUCUUGAGAGUGGGAAGAAGCUGCUGAGACAGAUAGAGAUACCAGAAGACAUUACAACAGGCAAUUUAUACCCAGAAGAGUACAAAUGCCUUUUUGAAGCUAUGGAACAAUCUAAAGAAUUUGACCAAAGCUGGCUUUUUGAAGAUUCCUUAGAAGAUAAUAGUGCCAUAAAUUUUUGAAAUGAAGCCCUGAUACUUUGGAAAGAAUCUUUGUGACUUUCAAGACGAUGCAAAAGAAAAAAAAUAAUUUGAAAAUUUGCAACAAAGAUGACUUCUGUGCAAACGAGAGUGACACCUCUUGAAAAACAGAGGUCCUUCAGAUGCAAGCAAGGGCAAUAUGUUUGAUACUGUUUAGUUUAAAGUUGGACAUUUUCUGUGAUAUGAUGAAAAGAUUCUUGGUUGUCAGAAGGCCUGUUACGGGGGAGGGGGGAGGACUUUUGUUUUUAACCUUUGUGUUGUAUGUAAUCUGUAUUUGGAGAACAGGUCAAAUACGGCAAGCCCUCCAUUUUCUCUCAGUAACUAAGAAUCUUGGGUCCUCUGUGGGCUUCCUGUGUGCAACCUGCUUUUUAAGUGAGAUGCUGCCAAAAUAGCAAUGAACAAAAGGAGCAAGGCGCAGUAGAGACCACCUGUGCAUUUCCAGUUUAAAGACUCCCCACUCCUCCACUGCUUGUGUUACACUAGAAAUUGUAGCAGGUUUGUGAAAGUUCUUCCCUUUUAAAAGAAAAAUGAAUUGCACCUUACAGAAAUGGAGUGUCUUCACCAAUGACAGCUUCUCUUUCUUCCCUAUUCCCACUUCUGCCAUGUAUCGCCUUGAAAAGCUAUUUGUGAGUUCAUAGAGUACAGUGUGGGAGGCAGCACAGAAAGUGUGAAUGUAUGAGGCACACAAGGGUUGGGAGACUGUGACUUUUGCUGAUCCCCCCCCCCCCCAAUUUCUGGCUGCUGCCCCUAUUCCAUAUUCCCCAUUUCUGAGGCUCCUUCAACACUCAGGAGUGGUUUUUCAGGAGGUACAGGGAUUGAAGGAAGCAGUGACAGGCCAUUCUACGAAGUCACACUGUAGUUCUAUAGGGUCCAACACCAUUGAACACACAGUGUUGAUAGUGUUCUCUGAGUAUGGUUUGAACUACUGUGUCAAUUGUAAGGGCAUUAUCUCCAAACCUCUUCCUAAU